AUGGCCAACUCGUUCGACGCUGGCAUCUGGGCCGUCUUCCUUGAAAAGAUCACUGUGAAGAUUGGCUGCAGCCGCAAGCACAUCAAGGUCGGCGAGUUCACCAUAGAUUCCCUGCAGACGACAAACCUCAGAAGAGAUCCUUCUAAGGAAGAGAUCCAGAAACGAUGCGACGACCCGAAAGUCAAGGCAUAUAUGAAGCUCAAUAGUUACCAAUCGAAGGCGGUGUACAUGAUUACCGGCAUCAAGGUUGCUAGCGGAUUCACUUUCAAACAAAGCGAUCGCCUUUCAGGGGAGGCAUCUUGCGAACUUGGAGCCGCACUAUUACCGUGCCUCGGUCUCGGGACAAAGGCGGCGGGCUCAUCCGAUCGGAAUAUUUCCCACGGCUUCAAGACGAAGGAAGACAUCAUUUACGCCUAUCAGGUGUCAAAGAUUGAGCCAAAAGGAUGGGGUAGAAACAAACAUGUCGUCAUCCAAGAUUAUACUCGUGGGUCGGAUGCUAUGAGUAUAUGCUCCAUGACAAGCGCAAGCCCACAACUGGCUGAAGACGAGGAAGCAAGCUUCCAACAUGUGACUGCAAAAGAGCUGCAGCAGCUUGAAAAUGACAUCAAGGUGGUUUGUUUGCCCGAUGGAGAGGCGGAGCAAGGGGUUAUCGUAUUCAGAGCUGCAGAUGAAGAGGGAUAUUUCGGCUGGGUUCGACGUCUGUUGGGUCAUCUCAGCCCUGCUGCAUCCUACAAGUAA